ACAAAUAAAAAAAUAAAAAGAAAAAAAAAAAAUCAGAAAGUAACUUUUAGAGUAUUUUUUAUUCAUUGGAAAGAAUAUUUAUUGAUGUAUAUGGAAAAGAAACAAGGGAGUCAACAGGGUAGAAAAUAAGUAAAGUUUUAAGAAAGAGAGUUGUAGUUGUAGUUGUAGUUGUGCAUCGUCCACUUCGUUUGUAAAACGGGUUUGUUAGACCUUUUUUGUCUGUCUACUAACGCCAUCUCUGUUUGCGCUGCAAAUCUCACUCUUCCCAACAUUGUUCCCACAUCUCUCUGUUCUGUAGAUUCUCUAUAUCUCUGCCAAUCCCAAUCAUGGAGAAUCGAUUCAGGAAUGAUCGUCGACCAGAGAGAAGUUGGGCUGAAAUUUGUUGUUUCGCUUGCACGUGCCUGCAGCUCUUCUGGCCAAGGGUGGUCAUGCGCAAGUGGCUCAACAUCAGUGCAAGGGACUCCGAUUACAGUGCCGACCCCGACGAAGACUACGACGGCGACACCGACACCGACACCGACACUGAUGAAGAAUUUAAUCCAUGGUCAAGAGAAACGCGAUUUAAGGGUUAUAAAGGCGAUGAAGCUCGGAUUGAUUUUAAUGAUGCUCUUCCGAGGAGAAGAAGACGAAAGUCAGAGACAUUUAGGGCACAAUAUAUUAACAAAAAAGAACUCAGAAUAUGUGUUGGCACAUGGAAUGUUGGAGGGAAACUUCCACAGGAUGAUCUAGAUAUUGAAGGUUGGCUAGAUAUUACUGAGCCUGCUGACAUGUAUGUGAUUGGUUUUCAGGAGAUUAUACCAUUAAAUGCUGGAAAUAUAUUUGGUGCUGAAGAUAGUCGUCCAGUUCCAAAAUGGGAAAAUAUCAUUCGUGAAAGCCUUAAUAAAAUUCAGCCUAAGACAAGGUUUAAAUGUUAUAGUGAUCCCCCUUCUCCAUCGAGGUACAAGCCAUCUGAUGAUGCCCCUGUUAUUGAAGAUGAAAUACAACUUGAAACGGAUAGUGAUGGCGAGGAGGAAAUCCAUCCAUUGAAUGAAGAAUCCAAUGGAUUUGAUGAAGCCUGUAAUGAACCAGUCACAGGUGAAAAUGAUUUUAUAAAUUCUGAAGCUUCACUCUCUAGUGAUCAUACCAGUUUUGGCGUGACAGUUGAACAGGAUUUACAGAGGCAAUUUUCUUCUCCAAAGAGGCUGGAAAGGUUGAAUUGCCUGCGAACAGAAGAUUGUACAGGAAAUGAAGAAGCAUCAGCUUCUCAUAAUAGCAAAUUAACCAAGAUGCUUAGCGGGACAGAAAGAAUUGGUUUGACCUGGCCAGAGAGGCCAUUUGAUCUGCUGGCUCAUCGUGUAUUAGACAGACCUAAUUCCUUCAGAUCUUUUAAGUCUUUUAAAGCUUCCAAAUCUUUCAGAACAUAUAAUUCUUUCAAGACAUCAAUUAAUGGUGAUAAUGGACUGCAAUCAGAUGCAGCUUUACUCGCAGAACUUGACCUUGAUUCUGUCAUGUACCGGAAAAGAAGACCCCCAUUUGUAAGGAUAGUAAGCAAGCAAAUGGUUGGGAUUUUCCUUACUAUAUGGGUUCGUAGAAGCUUGCGUAGGCAUAUCCAGAACGUAAAGGUGUCUACUGUUGGUGUUGGUGUAAUGGGCUACAUAGGUAACAAGGGAUCAAUAUCUGUCAGCAUGUCAAUAUAUCAAACCCUCUUUUGUUUUGUAUGUACUCACCUGACUUCUGGUGAAAAAGAGGGAGAUUUGCUUAAACGAAACGCUGAUGUGCACGAAAUACACCGAAGAACUCGUUUUAAUUCACUUUCCAGUAUUGGACUUCCCAAACACAUCCAUGACCAUGAGAGAAUAAUCUGGCUUGGUGAUUUAAAUUACCGUAUCAAUUUGUCAUAUGAGAAGACUCGAGAGCUAAUCUCCAAAAAGGAUUGGUGCAAGUUGGUUGAGAGUGACCAGCUUAUACGAGAGCUUAAAAAAGGUCGGUCAUUUGAUGGAUGGUGUGAAGGUACUUUAGAUUUUCUACCAACUUAUAAAUAUGAGUUAAAUUCAGAGAAGUACUAUGGCGAGGAUCCAAAGGCUGGGAGGCGAACUCCGGCAUGGUGUGACCGCAUUCUUUCAUUUGGGAAGGGAAUGAGGCUACUGGGUUAUAGAAGAACGGAGCUAAGGUUUUCUGAUCAUCGACCUGUGACUGCUUCAUAUAUUGUAGAGGUUGAGGUGUUCUGUUCUAGGAAGCUCCAACGCGCCCUCACGUUCACUGAUGCAGAAAUGGAAGAGGAGGAAAUUGUAGCAGAUAUGGGAAUUGAUGGUGGAGUGAGCCAUUUAAGAUUAGGAGAGGAUGCGUCUGAUUGGGAAGCGCGUUAAUAAAGGUUAGGGUGCAAGAUGAGGAGCUGGUAUACCUUAUAAUUAUUCUUCCACUUUUAGCUGUUCAAUUAUCGAAGUCAUUGUGUUACUGUGUAAAUGUGUGUGUGCGCGCGCGCGUUUUUUAUUUAUUUAUAAGGGGGGUUGCUUUUCAGAGAAAAUCAGUUUCCAAGGUAUUUGAAUUCUGCUGGGGUGUGUGUAUGUAUAUAUAUAUUUUAUGUUAGUCAUGAAAUAAUUAUCUUUCGUUUUUCUGUUGGUACGCUCUGUAUUGCACUGAAUGUACAUGUCAUAUUGUGUCAUUACAGCGAAUGCUUGUGUAUGUAAUUCUUUUUUUUUUUUUUCCAAAAAUUGAGAGGUGGGGUUGCUUUUCAGAGAA